AGCUAUCGCACCCCAGUAACCAAAAAGCAAUUAAACAAUUCUCCAACUAUAAAGCCAGGCAUGCCCACCACUCAAACCCACACAAGUUAGACCUCUCUUAGUUUAUCCUUGUUCAGUACUUUCUCUAGCUUGAGUAAUCUGCCAUUACUGAGGAUAUGGAGCCGGAAGUGGAGCAGAUGAAGAGAGAAAGUGAUGAAGAGAAAUGGGUUAAUGAUUUAUCUGUAGAUCAUAAAGGAAAUACUCCACUCCGAGCUUCAACUGGUGUAUGGAAAGCCUCUCUCUUUAUCAUCAUAAAAACAUUAGCUUUGUAUUUGUUACUUGAUUUUGGAGCAGCCAUUGAAUUCAGUGAGAGGCUGAGCUACUUUGGAUUAGCUACAAAUCUCAUCACAUACCUUACCAAAGUGCUCCAACAAGAUCUUGUAACAGCUACAAAAAAUGUGAAUUACUGGACAGGAGUCACAACAUUAAUGCCCCUUAUUGGAGCUUAUAUAGCAGAUACUUACACAGGGCGCUUCACUAUGGUUCUGCUUUCUUCUCUAAUCUAUCUUAUGGGUUUAAGCCUCUUGACCAUGUCUCAGUUCAUUCCAAGUUUAAAGCCGUGCAAAUUAAAUGUCUGUCAGCGGGCAAGGAGUGUCCAUGAAGUGAUAUUUUUCCUCGCAAUGUAUUUUAUAUCAAUUGGAACUGGGGGACAUAAGCCCUGCUUGGAGAGUUUUGGAGGUGACCAGUUUGAUGAUGAUCAUUCAGAAGAAAGAAAGAGGAAGAUGUCUUACUUCAAUUUGUGGAACUUUGCCCUUUGUUGUGGACUCUUCCUUGGUGUAACAGUUAUAGUUUAUGUGCAAGACCAUAUUGGUUGGAACGUCGCAAGCCUUAUUCUCACCAUAACAAUGGCAGUGACAAUAGUCACCUUUUAUGUGGGAAAGCCUUAUUAUCGAUAUCGGCGAUCAGAAGGAAACCCUUUAGCGCCUCUGUUGCAGGUUUUUGUUGCAGCCAUAAGGAAGAGGAAAUUGCUUUAUCCUUCCAAUCCUUCUCUUUUAUAUGAAGUCUCUAGGUCAGAGAAGUCCCCUGGAAGGCUUCUGGCUCACACGGAUAGGCUUAGGUUCCUAGAUAAAGCUGCAAUAAUUGAAGAUGAGGAAGGCAUCGUAAAUGAGAAAAGUCGUAAUCCCUGGAGAUUAGCAAGAGUGACAAAAGUUGAGGAGUUGAAGCUUGUUUUAAAUAUGGUUCCCAUAUGGCUAACUGCGUUACCAUUUGGAAUAUGUGUGGCCCAAGCUCCAACAUUAUUUGUUAAACAAGCUGCUGCAAUGAACAGAGAAAUCAGCAACGAUAUCAAGACCCCACCGGCCACCAAUUACUCUUUUGGGGCCAUUGCAAUGAUAAUUUCCAUUACCAUCUAUGAGAAAGUACUUGUUCCAUAUAUAAGGAGAGUCACCGGCGACGAAAGAGGGAUUAAAAUCCUCCAGAGGAUUGGUAUUGGCAUGGUACUUGCAGUUUUGGGAAUGAUUGUUGCAGCCAUUGUUGAAAGGAAAAGGUUAAGUAUUGCUGAUGAAGAGAUAAUUCAAGGGGGAAAUCAUAAAGUGCCCAUGAGUGUGUUUUGGUUGGCUCCCCAAUAUGGGAUUCUUGGAAUAGGAGAUGGAUUUGCUCUGGUAGGAUUGCAAGAGUACUUUUAUGAUCAGGUCCCUGAUUCAAUGAGAAGUUUGGGUAUAGCUUUUUAUCUAAGUGUGAUCGGACUCGGGAGUUUUCUAAGUAGUUUUCUCAUCAUACUUGUGGAUCAUAUCACAGGAAAUGGUGCCAAAAGCUGGAUUGGCAAGGAUAUAAAUACUAGCCGUGUGGACAAUUUCUACUGGUUGCUGGCAGUAUUGAAUGGGCUGAAUUUGUGUGUUUAUGUUUACUUGGCAAAGAAAUAUACUUACAAAAAUGUUCAAGGCAGGGUUGUUGCGGCUGAUUCCAAUAACAGUGAUGGAGUGGAGUUAAUGCCCUGAUAUAUUUCUUUAUCUAUGAAGGCAAACUCAUGUAAAUUAUGCAAGAUAAAGCUAGUGUUCACAUUUGUUUUGUUUUUAUGUAAAUCACUUUAUUCAACUCAAAUAUCCUGUAACUUACCAUUUUCAAGGUUUUGAUUAAAGACUUUUGGGACAAGUAAAAUUGUGCGGUCGGUUCCAGAGACCUGGGAAUCAUAGAUAAAUAACAGAUGCCAAAAACUUGUUUUUAUUUGAAGUCA